AUGAAUCUGGGAUCGAUAUCGAGUGAGAAGAUCCCGGCGAAGUCACGCGUGGUGGAAGUGGAGGCUGUGGAGGCCGUGAAUGUCGUGGAGCAGGUCGAAGCGGAUCCGGUCGCGUUGGAAGGCGUCUCCUCUGAUAUGGACGCGGACAGCGACGAUUCUGAAGACUGGGAGGCGUUGUCUCAAGAAGGCGACACGAUCCAGUUCCUCAGGGACGAGCAGCUUCGCGAUGGCCUUGUUCCCGGCGCUUGCACCCUUGAAGAGGCCGUCGCUUUCAGGCAACGUCUUCACAAAAUCGGUAAAGCCGCUUUUGUGGAAGAGACUAUUGUCCGUGGCACCGUCACGGCCAGAAAGCUAUGCACCGCAUUCAGGAUCAUGCCGCCUGUAUUCCUCGAGGGCGCACCAGACGACUCCUACCAUCCGCUGUUAGCAAUCGCUUUGUCUCGCGAAUUUGCUCGCCGUCCCAAGCUUCCUCAGUACAACACAAUUGAGGAUGCGCUGCGGCUAUUGCAAAAGUCCAAGAAUAUCAUCGUCCUGACGGGAGCAGGUAUUUCAACAAGUCUUGGUAUUCCUGAUUUUCGCUCUAAAGAUACAGGUCUCUACUCAAAGUUGGAGCAUCUGGGUUUGAGCGACCCCCAAGAGGUGUUUGACAUCAAUGUUUUCCAAGAGGAUCCAAGCAUUUUUUUCUCCAUCGCCAAAGAUAUUCUUCCAACGGAGAAGAAAUUCUCUCCCACUCAUGCAUUUAUCAAGCUCCUGCAGGACAAAGGGAAGCUAUUGACCAAUUACACCCAAAAUAUUGACAACAUUGAGGCCAAUGCCGGGAUCCUUCCUGAGAAGAUGCUCCAGUGCCACGGGUCCUUUGCUACCGCUUCCUGCGUCAAGUGUGGCUUUAAGGUUCCUGGAGAAGCCAUCUUCGAUGACAUUAGGGAGGGGAGAAUUCCGCAAUGCACCGCUUGCCGCGACACACUUGCUCAAGAAGCACUGAAGCCACAAGGAUUGAAGAGGAAACGAAGCUCAACGGGAGAUCACAAGGAUCGGAAGGGACUUGAAGACAGUUCAGAGGAGGAUGACUACGACAUUCCUGAACCGGGAGUCAUGAAGCCUGAUAUUACCUUCUUUGGUGAGGGUCUUCCCGACGAGUUUGGUCAGCGUUUGCUGCACCACGAUUGUGAUCUCGUCGAUCUUGUCGUUGUUAUCGGCACCUCCCUCAAGGUUGCUCCCGUCGCAGAGGUUCCAGGCAUCCUGCCACGACAUGUCCCACAAAUCUACAUCUCUCGCACUCCCGUGUCACAUACUCAGUUCGAUAUUGAUCUUCUCGGUGACUGUGACGUGGUUGUUUCCGAGCUCUGUCGACGAGCUGGUUGGGAUCUGCAGCACCAUAUGAUACCCCCCGACGAGAAGGUAGAAAUUACUCCUCUUGAGGAUCACGAGUCACGACACGUCUUUAAGCUUGUUAGUGCAUAG